UGACCAUGGAUGCCGACGGAAGGCGUCGUCCCACGCCAGCACGAAUUUUGCACUAAAAAAUGACCAAGAUUCCUAAGGGAAGCGUGUUGACCGAGGUGGAACCGUAUUUGGUGGUGCCCRUGUACAAGGAUGCUAGAACGUCCAGGAGGUCUCGAAGCGACGACACAACCGACCCUACCGUCGUUCCAAACCUAGAAGAGCUACCAAAGUGGGAGGGUUGCCCAAUAUGGGACCAAUGUCGAUCCAUUGAUCUUCUAGAAACACCUGAAAUCAUGAAAUUUCUAAAAAGGGCGAGGCGAAAGAUAUCCUCGUCGUCUUCCGACGGCACCACCGGAUCCUGGCGCAUGUUGUGCAUCCUAGUCACACUGCGCGUGGUAGCAAAGAAUCUCCAUGACCAAAAAGAAAACAACACUGGCUCACCAGAAGGAAACGAACAGCAGAAGAUGGUCAAUUCAAACCCAACCGAACAUGAUAGGAACCGUGGUCAAGCAUUGCCCUGGUGGUCUGUUCUCGUCUCAGACCACUAUGACGACGUACGGGAGAGGGAAAUAUACCCUGGAGACGACGAGGACGAGGACGAAGACGAGAACCAUGCUUUGCUUGUGGAGUUAUGGCCAUUGAUUCAAGACUAUAUUCCUUGGAAAGCAUGCGAACGACUCUAUCUCAGAAUCCAAAAUAGACUGCAUAUUUUGACCAUUCCCCACCCCUUGACGGCAUGGGCACAGAAGACGAUAUUUGAAUUGACCACCGAGGAGCUGGAGGCGAGCUGGAGCGUCCACCAAAACAUAGAUGCGCAAACGAAAAGAAUCUCUAAGGAUAUAAUACCGUUGCAAUCAAAUCGACUACACACUUCCAAGCUUUGGUUGGACCGAGUGGCCAAUAUUCCGGAACGAUUCGUCGGAGUUUUGAUUGAAGAUCCACUGAAGAUCACGAACGGUGACGAAGCAAAUGACCCAUCGAUUGAAAAAAACAGCACCCGCGAUCAGAUCUCCUCUGUUUUGCAGCUUCCAAGACGUUAUCAGUCCUGCCUGCCGAACACAUGCUUAGAAAUAAAUGCGUCAUAUACCAUGGAGGAGCAGAUAAUGCAACUAGGAACAUCGCAAGGCCAUGAGAACCAGAACAUUUGUUGCAGAUGGAUUGCAUUAUACGACUUGACCAAAGCUGAAUCAGAAACAGAGGGAAUGUAUCUUUCGUCAAUGCCAAAAGCAAAGAACUGUAACUGUUUUCGGUGCGCACACGAAAAAAAGAGCAUGGUAUGUUCUCUUGAAAAUGACAAACCGAUUGAAAUCAACUYAGAAAACUUAUAUCAAGCUCAACGAUUGGCGCACUCAUAUUUUCAACAAGAAGCAUUCGAAAAAGCAAUGGCGUUGUAUGAAAAAUGUUAUUGUUAUUGCAAAAAGUCGGUCGCAAACCACACAGAGACGGAACCCAAAGACGAGUUUUCRCAGUGGCUAGCAAAUACAGAGGCCGACUUGUGGCAUAUUAUGGGAGCGGUCUUGCUAUCUCAGCAAAAGUUUGCUCGUGCACAACAGCACUGGAAAAAUGGAAGUCACUACAAACGUGCACACGAAGAAUUAUCAAACCAGUUGUCGAAACAGGAGGCAUACCACUACUUUCUUCCCGAACGCAAGUGCCCGGUCUCAAAAUUGUCCUACAGAAGAAUUGAUCGCUCUGAAUCCCAUUCAAGCCGCCAAAGUGCUAUCAGUGCCGCAACACAGUCUGUCUUUGUUGCAUCAGAUGCUAUUGAUCCUUCGACCUGUCGAAAGCUUAUUYGGUGGGCACUCGAUYAUGCCUCAAACAACGGAGGAUGGACGACCAGCCGUCAUUAUUCGGUCCCCACGACCGAUCUUCCUAUUCACCAGGUGCCUCGAUUAUUGGAAUGGUUCCAAUCAUGGAUGCAAGAGGUUCUCUUCCCGCUCUUGCGAGAUCAGUAUGGAAGCACGAGUGGCAGUGAUGAUAGACGACGKUUUUACGUUCACGAUGCGUUUUUGGUUAGAUACGAAGCCACGGGCUCGAAUUGCUWUUUGCCCCUUCACCUUGAUGAAUCAUCGCACAGUUGCGUUGUGGCGCUAAACGAUGAUUUUGAUGGGGGCGGGUCGUACAUGUACUCUCUCGGGCAAUCCGUUGUCCCGCCAACGGGUGGAUUGGUCAGCUUUUUGGGCAAUCGAUGUCUCCAUGGAGGAACUCCAGUGACCCGCGGGGUGCGAUACAUACUCGCAUUCUUCUUGUACCUUGACGAGGACCUUUSCCAUGGUAGAUCUCCAAAAGCCAACUUGAAUGGGAUCCAAWCCAACAAAACAUCGAGAGAGGAAGUAGUCAGGAGCCGAAAUGAAACUUACAACAAGCGUUUUAAAAAAGAGGAGGGAUCAAAAUCUUGUCCAGCUGAAGGGGGUUUUUCUUUUUCUUUUWUWACUGACUAGUCAAGCAAAGAARAACAGUUUUCGCUGAUGUCGCAGUUAUCUCUUCAAUUCGAGUUUGCAUUUCCAACAUCAUCCCUUCGUCAUAUUACAAGGAAUUGUACRACUGGCACGAACCACGCCCGUAUCAAAAGGUGGUAAUGCUCUUACUGGGGGUCAACAGACUAAGAAUAAGUCUUAAAGAAGCUA